GCUUCCCUCGUUGGGAUCUCUCGGGCUGGGACCUCUCUCACGCCCACCACCGCACGUCCCAGAUCUCCUUCCUCGUGUGGCCACUCCCACCAAAACAUCCCCUCAAACCCUCACACUGCCCUCCUCAGCUCCCUCCUUUACCUCCUCCUUAAAGCACAACCACAUUCAAGCAGAAGAAUUGUUAUAAAAGAGUGUGGCCAACGGCGACGCUUCCUUCUAUGUUUCCAAAUACAAUGCAAACCAACAAGGUAUAAAAUAAUCUCGCUCCUCUUCCUCCCGUCGAUGAGCCCAACCCCCUCCAAGAAAUCCGCCGACGCCGCCGCAGCCGCAGCCACAGCGACCCAAGCCCGGUCGUCCGCAACCGGCCUCGGCGGUGGAGGGGGCGGCGCGGGCAUGCGGCUCAUCGUACCUCUUCAGGGCGUCGUCCAGGGCCGCGGCGGCCUCGUCCUCGGCACCCUCAUCCCCUGCGCCCUCUUCUACUUCCUCCAGUUCUACCUCAGGCGCAACCGCUCUCCUCCUCCUACUUCGCCGCAACCCCCCGCUGCCAACGGCCCCGAUCUCCCCGGCAUCGUCCGGUCCUCCUCCCGCAACUUCCUCUCCGCCCGCGGCUCCUCCGGCCACGCCGCCGUCUCCUCCCGCGCGGCCUCGAUCGCCAGAUCCGGCGAUUCGCCUUACUUCGUCGGGACUAAGAAGUGCUCCGAGGACCCUUACCAUCCCGUCGAUAACCCCGACGGCGUCAUACAGCUUGGGUUGGCCGAGAACCGCUUGUCUUUGGAUCUAAUUGGGGACUGGCUUGCGAGAAAUGUGACGGAUACCCUACUCGACGAGCGGCAGGGUGGGCUGAGCAUCAGCGGAUUGGCGACGUACCAGCCUUUUGAUGGGUUGGUGGAAUUGAAGAUGGCUGUGGCUGAAUUUAUGGGACAAGUCAUGCAAGGGUCAGUCUCGUUUGAUCCAUCGCAAAUAAUAAUGACAGCUGGUGCAACUCCAGCAAUUGAAAUUCUCAGUUUCUGCCUGGCAGAUGCUGGAAAUGCAUUUCUUGUUCCUUCACCGUAUUACCCAGGGUACGACAGGAAUAUAAGAUGGCGAGCUGGCAUAGAGUUGAUACCUGUUCCAUGUCGAAGCACUGACAACUUUGGUUUAAGUAUUCCUGCACUCGAAAGAGCAUACAAUCAGGCAAAAAUGCGAGGUGUCAAAGUGCGAGCUGUUCUUUUCUCAAACCCCUCCAACCCUGUGGGCAAUCUUCUGCACAGGGAAACAUUACGAGACCUUCUUGACUUUGUUACGGAGAAGGGCAUUCAUGUCAUUGCUGAUGAAGUGUUCGCAGGGUCAACCCAUGGUACUGAGGAUUUUGUGAGCAUGGCGGAAGUUUUAAACACAGAUGAGUUUGAUAGAAGCAGGGUUCACAUAGUAUAUGGCUUGUCAAAAGAUCUCUCCGUCCCAGGCUUUCGGAUCGGUCUCAUCUACUCUUUUAACGAACAUGUCAUUGCGGCUGCCUCGAAGCUGGCAAGGUUUUCCUCCGUUUCUGUUCCAACCCAGCACUUGCUCAUCUCGAUGCUUAAUGACACUAAGUUCAUCACACAAUAUAUCAAGACGAACAGAGAGAGACUCCGAGUAAUGUAUGCAUUGUUAGUGAAUGGCCUUAAACAGUUAGGUGUUGAGAGUGUCAAAAGCAGUGGUGGUUUUUACUGUUGGACGGAUAUGAGCAAAUUUAUGAAAUCAUACAGUGAGAAAGGGGAGCUUGAGCUAUGGAAGGAGAUGCUUAAUGUAGCUAAGAUUCAUUUGACACCUGGAACGGCAUGCCAUUGCAUUGAACCUGGAUGGUUUCGUUUAUGCUUCACAACAUUGACUGAGAAGGAUGUGCCUGUAGUUUUGGAACGCAUCAAGAGAGUUGUUGAUAACCAUUGAGUCUACUAAAGCAGAAAGGUAGAGGUCUUUGGUACAAAUAUGUUCAUAAGGCUGGAAAGUCGAUCACAUCGAGUCUCUUUCAGUAGUCUCGUAUCCUCUCCAGGGUUGUCAUCAAUUUUGGUAGUGUAGGCUUCGCUUCAUGCUUCUCUUCUCCUUGCUGAUGUAACUACAUCAAGGUGCACCACUACUCGUGCAGAGACCUCCGCUUGGUGAAGAGAUUUCUUUUCACUUACCAGUUGCUAAUAUAUGCUCUCAUCUUGUUACCAUUUGCAAUGAACGGAAAGCAUGUAAGCACCCUCUUCUUUAGGUAAUCCUGUGAUGGACAAAUUGGUUUAGAAUGUGAGUAUAAUUUCCAUAUCUUUCAUUACUUGUCUAUUAAGUCAGUAAUGUGGAAGUAAAGAAGAGGUUUUUAAUCCGAUGCUUGUAAUGGUAGACAGGUUUAUUAGCCUACACGCAAUGGAUCAUUUUUGGCAAGUUAA